GAGUGCCACACGCAGUAGUAGUCACGGUCAGGGAGGAGGGUCGCCCGCCGUCUCGCGGACAGCUCUUGCUCGCGCGGUCUCCUCUCUCGACUCGCGUCCGUACGAUCUUGCGGUUAUAUCGGUAUACCGCCCGCGAAUAAUAAACGCCACCCGUCGCGUCGCGUCGCGUCGCGUCCUUCUCGUCUUCGUCUCGCCUCGUCUCGCCUCGCGUCUUGACGCGCGGUAACUCGCCCGUAGUAACGUCGUGCAGCGCGCGCGAUUACUCCGAAACGUGAAACGGAGCGCGGCCCGGUGCGCGGUGUUAGAAUCCGUGCGCAACGUGUUUUAAGGCGCGGCAACCUCGGAGUAACGUAUCGCGAGACAACGCCGUGUCGUGGCAACGCCGCCGUCACACCGUGUGUGCGUCACGCGCGUCUUCGCUCCCGUAAACGCGAAACACCCGCGUCUCGAGUCUCGAGGUGCCGCGCGAGCAUACACGUCGCCCGUCGGUUGACUGUGCCGCGACGGUGAAUUAGUGCUCGCGUCGUGGCGCCCGUCGUCGUCGUCUUCUUCGUCGUCGGGCGUCAUAGUGCAGACGUCUCACUUGAGAGCGUCUAUCUCUGAGUACGGUGUCGGUGAACUGGAGUAGAAUGUAACGUGUUCUGUCAGUGACAUCAUCGGUGAUCAUCAAUUGCAGUGUGCGAAACAGUGAAUACAAGCGGGACGUCUCGAAGCGUCGGCGUCGUGCCACGUGUAUCGCGGAUGUGAAGAGAACAGGAAAGUGGACGAGAUCGACUUGGUGUUUUGCAGCCAACACCGGUCAGCACACAGUACCUAAGCACAAUUGUCUCGAUGCGGCACGUUCGGCUGGCAGACCUCGCGAUCGCCUCGCGCACAAACGCGCUCUAGAUGCGUUUUCCACGUUACACUUCCCUCUCAACAAGAUAAUUCGCCGGUGUUGUUAAUAUCGCGCGCGGAGGUCAAGCCACGUGCCCGCGCGCGCAACGGGCCGAGCGUUCGUGACAUGCGGGAUUAACGACCGCGGGCCCUGUACCCCCCGUGUGUACCCGGACGUCCGAGGUAGUGCCGCCGCAAUGAUGAUGAUGAGGAAGCACGUGUACCCGGCAACAGCCAUAGUCGUAGCCGUCGGACAAGUUCUUCAGCAAACGAUACCUACCGCCGAGCUCUGCUGACGCUCGUCCGCGACAGUUUGAAUUUAGCGUCGGCUGCCGUUUCGUUUUCAACGACGCCGUCGGCCGUCCUUGUGUGCGCGUAUGUGUGAGUCUUUCAAAAUACAGAGGACGAAAGACAACAAAAGGAAAAGCAGAAGGAAUCUUAGGAGAGGGAGAAACGGAGAGAGAUAGAGAGAAGGAUCAGUAGAGCGGAACUGCAGCAGCAGGCCGACGGAGCACGGAUUGUCCAAGUGCCGAGUGCGGCGUCAGUUCGUGCGCCAGUGACGACGCAUCCCGACGGCUCCUUCGUCGAGCUUCAAAAAGAAGAGAAAGAAGAGAUUUCUCUCGCAGCGUGCCGUCGGAAUUCGGAGACGUGAUCCCCUCGUCUUUUUCCGUCGGACAACCUUAUCUUUACCGUGAAAGUCUAACGUCACGCAGCGCGUCCGAGCAUUAAGCUUAGCGCGCGCUAUAACAGUGCCGAGAAAGUGUAGUGAAGUGUCUCGCUUGCUUACAUUGUGGGAAAAUACAGCCGCUACGGUGGCUCAGCACGCAGAGUUCCCCGGCGCGGCCAGGGCGUUCAUGGCGCAGCCAAGGUACGACGAUGGCGGGCUGCACGGGGGUUACCUCGAGGGCGGUGGUGGCGGUGGAGGCGCAGGACUAUACGAUCCACAUGGCAGUGCCCGCGGUGUUCCCGGUCUCCAUCACAGCCCACACCUGGGAGGUAUGGGACCUGCCCACCCCCAAUACCCACCGCCUCCUCCUCAGCCGCCACAACAUGUUCUCGCGGCGGCAGCUGCGGCCGCGGCCUCCGCGGUGCCAGAUGUCCACAAACGCGACAAGGACGCCAUAUACGGACAUCCCCUGUUCCCGCUUCUCGCACUCAUAUUCGAAAAGUGUGAGUUGGCAACGUGUACACCACGCGAGCCCGGUGUAGCCGGUGGUGACGUAUGCUCGUCAGAAAGCUUCAACGAGGACAUCGCCGUCUUCUCAAAACAAAUCAGACAAGAGAAGCCGUACUACAUUGCGGAUCCGGAGGUGGACUCGCUAAUGGUUCAAGCGAUUCAGGUCCUCCGGUUUCACCUCCUCGAGCUCGAAAAGGUACACGAGCUGUGCGACAACUUCUGCCACCGGUACAUCAGCUGCCUGAAGGGCAAGAUGCCGAUCGACCUCGUGAUCGACGACCGGGAGAGCUCGAAGCCACCCGAGAUGGGUAACGGUCUGGACGGUAGCGGACCCAGAAGCACCGCCGACAGCACCAGCCAUACGGACGGGGCCAGCACGCCGGACGUCAGGCCGCCUUCCUCGUCGCUCUCGUAUCCUGGCGCGGGUGCUAACGAUGACGCCCGCAGCCCCGGGAGUGGUGGUACACCCGGACCCCUCAGCCAGCAAGCGCCAGCCAGUUUGGACUCCUCGGACCCAGAUGCAAUGGGCAAAUGGUGUCCUCGUAGAGAAUGGAGUUCGCCUCCGGACGCGCAACGCGCGGCGACCGACGCGCGUCGUGGUGUCCUUUAUUCCUCGGUUUUCCUCGGCAGUCCCGGUGACGCGAGUAACGCGAGUAUCGGUAGCGGCGAGGGUACGGGCGAGGAAGAUGACGAUUCGUCAGGAAAGAAAAACCAAAAGAAACGGGGUAUCUUUCCUAAGGUUGCGACGAACAUCCUCAGGGCGUGGCUCUUUCAACAUCUCACGCAUCCGUAUCCCUCGGAAGACCAGAAAAAACAGUUGGCACAGGACACGGGGUUGACGAUCCUUCAAGUUAACAACUGGUUCAUAAACGCGAGACGUAGAAUCGUUCAACCGAUGAUCGACCAGAGUAAUCGAGCCGUGUUUCCACCAUUGUCCGCAGGACCAAGCGGGGCAUACAGUCCGGAUGCGACGAUGGGCUACAUGAUGGACGGACAGGCGGCCAGCAUGAUGCACCGACCGCCUGGCGAUCCUACCUUUCACAAUCAGUACCAUUAUCCAGAGUACUACGGACAUCACUUAUAAAGGAUCGUUAACCUCGGAUGUUUCAGGAGUACUUGCAAAUUGAAAUGGACGAUGAAACGACGGUUCCAACGACACGAAAAGCGUGACGGACCUACCGUGCACCGUUGGCGUAGAUCAGAAUUGGAGGACAACGAUGACCUCCAGGGCGAUCACCAUGGUAGUCCUGAUAAUUUCUUACUACGCCGUACGUCGAAAUUCGUGACACUUGGAUGCUUGGGAACGAGGAAAAGAAGAAAAAGCCAAGUUUCAAAGAGAAAGGACAAGGUAGAUGAAACGCCGCGGGAGGCCGACAAGAGGAAGAUCAUAGAGACCGUCGAAGGAAGAAGGACGGUUACGAGGUGGGGAAAAGUAGCUACGAAAGCGAUGCGAGAAAAGAAGGACACAAGGGGAAUGAAGCCGCGGCUUGGUCUCGAUCGAGAAUGACGCGGCCGCGAAGAAAUUCAUGUGAUUGUUCUUUGUACAAAUAUCGCGGUGUAAUAUUGUAGUGAUUGAAGAAUUUAAAUGUUAAAUUUUAAUACAGUCGCGAUCGAGAUAUAUUAAUGAAAUAUAAGUGAUAUAUAGGCAAUUUAGCGGGCAUGUACAUUAAAAAGGAGAGGCAAAUACACCCGGUGCUCGCACGGAAUAGAGAAUAUAUUCAAGUGCACAGACGACGCAAAAGAAAAAGAGUACGAGAGGUAUACAAAGACGAGGACAAACGAAGUGGCGCUAUAUAUAUUGGCUUUUCUUGCUACAAAGAAAGAAGAAUGGGAAAACAAAGAAUAGGAUAAGAAAUCGAGAAGAAUUUGUUUUUAUCGUUAUUUUCUUCAUCCAUUUUCAACGAGAUUUUAUGAUCGGAAAAUGCAGAAGGUAAGUACGCACGAAACAAGAAAAGAAAGAUAAGCAAAGCAAAUGACUGAUAUUAAAAAUGAUGGACUUUGCGGACUUUUCUACUAUAUUAUACAUAUGCACUAGUAGCAAUGUUCUGUUAUGGUUUGUAAAUGUAUAUAUUUCUAUUUAGCUUGCUGCGUCAAAGAUUCAUGUUAGUAUUUAUUAUUUUUUUCCGUUUGACAUUAUGGUUUCCAUACAACAUCGUGCUCAAUGAUAUUUUCGUGAUCACGAAAAUAACUUACAAUUAGUUAAGUCAUUAAAAUUUGUUUACGCAAUGGUUUAUUGAAAUUUUCGAAAAGACUCGUGAGACAUGAAAAUACGAUACUAUAAUACUAAAUCGGAAAUACUACCUAUAUCGAAUUUAUAUCUAAUGAAAGUUUUUUUGAAUUUUCGAAAGAAUGGAUCUCGAUUAGUUGAAGAGCGAUCAACGACAAUUCGAAACAAUGAGUGUUUUUCAAAUUUAGUAUUUUCUAUAAAUCGUAUAUACCUAUUCAUCGAUCAAUCAGUAUAUAGCACCAGCGUUUAUUUAUGCGGAAAUGAUCAUCUAGGUGCUUGUAUGCAUGAGCGCGUUUCUGCAAUUACUCGUGCUCGCGGACGAUCCUCCUGUUGAAAACAAUUAGCAGCGAAUUCGCGAUAGAAAAAUCCUGUCGAAUUUGACAUUUAAUUUACCCUUUCCUCACCGACACAUGACGAUCUAGUUAUAUCAUCGCGAUAUCGCUGCCAACUGUCUUCCCUAUAUGUGCGUAUUUUUUUUUUGUGCAUAUACGCACAUUCAUCCGCGACUUAUUGUUAUGGCCAUCUGCAAAUCUGAGAAAAAAUUCCUUGUCUUUUUGCUUUCGAUCUUUCUCGCGCUCUUUUCUUCCCGUUUCACGGCUCGUUUUCAUCGCUGAUUCCGAUAUUUAAAUAUUUUUGUUACUUUGCGCACAAUUCGUCAUAUACGUAUUUCUUAAAAUUAUUAUUAUCACGCACGUUUUUGUCCGAUAACAAUAACAUGUUUCAAAUUGAACGAAGAAACAAGUAGAAUGCUAAUUAAAUUCCAAUUAUAUUUACCUCUUCCAAUCGCUCGUCCCUUAUUCUCCCGUUACGAUUUAUAUUGUGGAGGAAUCUUUAUAUUUCUAUACAUGAAAUCUUCUAUCGCACACGCGGCUCUGAUAUACGUAAAUACAAGCAAACGGUGAUAGAAAGUAAGAAAAAGAGAGAAACGAACAUGCGAAUGAUGGAACAGGAGCGAGGGGAAAGAGUGUUUUCGAAGAAAGAAUGAAUUUUCGAGAGACCUUUAUAACGCGAUAUACCAGACAGAGUAUGAGUAUUAAAAGAAAAAAAUUUUAAUGAAAUUAAAACGUCGAUUAUACGUGAGAGCGAAUUCACGACGAAUAAGGGUACGAAAUAAUAAAAAACGCCCCUCGUUAACGUCACAUGCGUCAGGCGAGGACGCGUGUCUCGUUGAUCUCUCGACGAUCGAGACACGACGCCGACGGUUCGUCCGAAAGGAUGGAUCAUCGGUACCAUUCUCUCUGAUCGACAGAGCACGACGAGCAAAAUGAGGGAACGACGAGUAGAAGAAGAGGGAGCGGGAAGAAGAAGAGAAAGAGCAUAAGACAAAAAUUUUAUCAAUAUUUUCAAUACAUCCGCAUACACAUGCAAAUCUUGUAUAAAAGUUUUAAUAUAACACAAUUGCUCCUGCCGGGAGCCGAGCGACGCGUCGGCAACGCAUUGGUGUUCCUCACAACAUAUCUUACUUGAAAUUUAUUUAGGAAUAAUUCCGACAGAUAAGAUUCCGCGCAAGAAACGCGACAACAAUUUCGAGAUUAUGUAAAUCAUCAAAUUUCUUCUGCGGCUAAAGAGGGACGUCAAUGUUGGACGUUGUGCCUCGCGCGAUCGGCGUUCUAGUAUACUAAACUAAAAAAAAAAAGAUAACCCACGUAUACCGAAAGACUCAGGUGCGAGAAAAGUCAGUAUAGUUAUUAUCCUGAUUAAAUCGGAAGAAUUACUCAAAUUUGUAAGUUACAGUGUACGUACGUCGCGCAAAACGUACGUGUAUAGCUCCUCUAUGUGAGAAGCGCGCUAAUCGAUCGUACGAUCAUCCGCAACCGUUUUCCCCCAUUAAGAGGAGAACGUGUAAAGAAAGACUUGUUGGUCAUAUAAAUUUACCAAGUCCUUCGACACAAGUCGCAUGAACUCUUUCGUCAAGGAAAUUAAUCACAACUGAAAACAGUAUACGAUAAAAGACGAAUGAAAAUUGUAUACGUUUUACAUGAGAUUACGUCGCCGAGAUUUAUACAAAUGCAAGAUUAUCGAUGAAAAUUAAUACUAUUUAAUUAAUUUGAUAUUUUCUUUUUUAUCAAUUUUUAAUGAAUUUUUAUCAUUUUAUUUAAGGCGAUACUGGAGCGACUAGCCGAAUUCCAAUAGUGUCGUUGAUUUACCGAUGAUUUGUGCACAUGUAUGCGUGUGAUAUUGAUGUAGUAAUAUGUAGUGAUGUGUUUAUGUUUACUAUCCAUCAAUAUCGCACACACACAUUGUAAAAAAUUUUCAUGUACAUAUUUCUCGAAAAUUAAAUAAAUCUAAUUCUACAAAUAGUACUCCAUUUAUUAUUGUACUCCAAUUAUUAUUGUUUCUUCAUGUAAUCUACUAGUCUAAUCAAUAACUGUAAUUUCAUAAGUAUGAGUUGCUUUUAUAUCAAGUACACGAUGUCUCAACUUGUUGUCUCAGCUCUAGACACUACAUACAGUUAAAAAAUGGUAAAGAAAAUUUAAAUUAUAAAAAUUUUUUCCGUUCUCGGCAUAAACUCCGAGCGUCCGACACGUAUUAAUGCGUAUACUUUAAUUCUGAAAAAGAACUUUCAAAUUAAAGUAAUACGUAGAAAUUCUAACACAUAAAUUAUUAUUUUUAAUCAGUAAAACAAACAGAUCUAGCAUCGCCUUAACAAUCAUCGUAUAUGCAAGAAUUGAGUCUAGGACACGCGUAUAAUUUCGGCGCGCGAAAUCUUCUCGAUUAAGACUAAAAUUAAUAUUAUAUUAUUUACUAUUUAAUGAUAAAUCUAUAAAUAUAGUUAUUGAAAACGAGACAAUCACACAAAAACUUAAAUGUCGAUGACUAUCGACAUUUCCUCUGUCGCGUGUAGUGUAGCCAAAGGCAAUGGAAUUUGGCAAUGAAUUAUAUUUGUUGAAUGAUAUAUUGUUUAAUUUUGUUAAGAUCUGUCUUUGGCCAUACACGACGAUAAGUUAAGUCAUGCGUGAUAUAUGCGAUCGUGAGCAAUUAGUUUCCCUAACGAAGAGUCAUUUUUAAUAAAAUUAUAGUAAAAAUAUUUACAUACACAAAUCUGAUUGCAAAAUAAUCUUAAAGUGUAUGUAUGUAUAAUAAUUAAAUUUUUGUAAUGUAAAAUUAGUUUUUCUGGUAAUUAUUUGUGUCACAUAAUGUGUUAAUAAUAAUAACAGAUUCAGUUUAGAGUUAUGCAUUAAUGCAUAUAUGUAUGUGCAGAUAAUUCGAAAAAUUGGAAAAAUAGAAUUAAUUUUAAAAGCAGACAAAGAUCGCACGGAUAAAGAUCGCACGAUCGAGAACACGCGCGAAUAUCGGCACAAUUCGAGCAAAGAACGGAGCGAGCGGACGUCAUAUUGGCUGUUCGUUUUAUAAAUGAGUUCACUCGAUUGAAUCAUCGCCUUAAAAAUGUAUACGAAGUAACAGUAAGGUCUGUCUAAAUAAUAAUCAUGUUAGAGGGUAAAUCAUAACAAAGAUUUUAUGAGCGGCGACACGAGCGACGAGGAUAACGAGAGAGGGUAAAUGCAUGCAUGCAUGCGCGUGCGUUGUAUAUGUCUGUAUGUAUGUGUAUAUGUUGAAUGUAAAUGUGGAAAAUGCGUGCGUGAACAGUAGCAAAGCCAGAGAGGAAACAAUGUAUAACUAUUGUAUUGUAUAAUUACGGACGAGAUGGAUGGUUAAUUGCUACGACAUCGAUUAUUGCGAUGAUGAUCAUAAUAAUGAUGAUGACCGUUCGCACUGUCAUGUCGCAAAAAUCAUAGCAAUCAUUAUUAUAAUCAUAAAAGCGAUGCGAAUCGACCAUGAUAAUGGCGGGGGGGGGGGGUCUGUAAAACUAAUACAAUAGUGACGCAUACGACGAAGACAUGAUGUGUAUAAUAAGCUAAAAUUUUAUUAUAUCGGUAUGAAAUCAGAUUUUUGCAACUGUUUGCGUAUUGACGACCUAUUGACGCCCUUAAAUAAGAGAACGAAAAAAAACUGCAAAUAAAUUAAAGGAAAAAGAAUGAAAUAUAUGAAUUGUGUUCUGCUUUGUAAAUCGUAUUGCUCUUCGAUAUUAACUUACGAUUGUGAUAGCAAAAGGAACGAAAAAUGGGAUAAAGAGUGAGAAGGAUGAAUGAAAGAAGAAAAAAGAAAAGGAAGAGAAUAAAUGAGAGGAACGUGUGCGAGGGAGAGCGUGAGAGAAAUGUGAUUGCGGUGUAGUUAUGUAUGGCAGUCGAAAAUCCUUUCUACGUGCUUAUCGCGAGCGGAGGAGAUGUGCUCGUUGCCCGGAUUGUACACUCUCGCGUAUACGAAAAGAUAAGGGAAACGUGGAAAGACGCUGGUCAAAGUUAAACGGAGAAUCGAACGAUGGGAUACCGCACGUUGAUGUAAAGUAUUAAGUAUUAUGGGACUACGUGCAUACAUAUAGUUGUACUAAGGGCACAAGCCUCUCGAACCAUCACACGUACUAAGACACGCGUACUCACAUGCAUUCAGAGUCACACACAGAUAAACACAUACACAAUCAUACAUAUAAAACACAUAUACGACACAUACAGGUACAUACAAGGUAUACAGAGAAAGGGAGAGAGAAAGAGAGAGAGAGAGAGACAAAAAGAUCACAAUUGAUCAAUUGUAUACUUGAACUGAUUGGUUCUGUUUUAUUAAACUCACAGAUCGAAAUCACGUAAUGAAAGGAAGAAUGAUGUCAAAGGUGGUCUAUGUUAGAGAGUGUCCAUUGUAUAGUGUUUUUUGAAACGUGAGCAUUAAAUGCUACAUCUUGUGUA